UUUGAAAGGUCGUAUUAGAGUUUUUCAGAGGUAAUUCGAAAGACUACUUUGCAACCAAUCAUCGAAGCCUGAUGUAUGCGACAGUUGGUAAUUUGAUAUGAUUGUUUGUUUCAAAGCUUUUGAAAAUGGAGAGUGAGCGCUCGAAUCUCUUGGCUAUCGUCAAACUUGUUGUACACGAUCUAAUUCAGCUUACAUUUGAUCAACAUCAGGUUUCUCUUGAUGAAAACAUUUUCUGGGGUGAAUCUAGGACUGUUCAUUGUGAAGAGGUUCUAAAUAUUGUCUGGCGGUUGCUUUCUGUUGUUGAGCACUGUCUCUGUCAUGGUUUACGUCGAGAUUACACAAUGCCUGACUCUUUUGACGACAACAAUGAAAGAACUUCAUCGAAAGGAUUAAUGAAGGAUGCGACAACUGUCGUCCGAAGAGCACGUAAUCAUGCCGUUUCCGCUGCAAAUAUUUUUAUGAAAAAUUCGUCACAUCCAAAUCCUUGGCCCGUAUUAUUAGAAGCAGAAAAAUUGUCAAAGACCACAGAUUCUAUAAGUAAAACUGUUGCUACGAUGACUGAAAUACGGACUGGACUAGGUCGCUCUCGCGUUUGGUUAAGGCACGCUUUAAUGAGAAAGCAACUAGGAGAGUUUUUUCAAGUCAUAAUAGAUUCUAUCGAUUCUUCCAAUUCAAAUGGGAGUUUGGAGAGUUCUCCAAAAGUCUGUGAAAGCAACACAAUUCCUGUAACACAAAAUUCCAGUACAUUUGCUACAUUUUAUCACUCUGGUGCUUUGCUUUUAAAUAACGAAGGAGUUGUCGUAACCGGUUUGUUAGCAACUUUGAAGUCUAUAGACUUUUGCUUCAUACUGAAAGAUAAUCUGUCUUACAUGGAUAAACCGUUACACGUAAUACCGUACCACAUAUAUUUACAGGCUAACUUGAAUAGACUUGAAAAGUUAUAUUCAAAAGUAAAUUUAUGUCGUCCAGCAGAUUUAUCAUCUUCAAUCGACCAGAAGAAUUUUUUAGAAGAUUUAUGCAACGUACUGAAGAAACGAAUCGAUCGAGAAAAUACAAUAAAUCAAAGACUAAACAAUGAAAUUACACACCUUUCUAAGCAGAUGGAAUCCAUGAAACUUGAAAAUCGGAGUUUGUAUAUUACCGUAGCACAACUGAAAAAGGACCAAGUUGGUUUAAAUAACAUGCAUUCAGAAAAUAUGGAAGCAGUGAGUCGCAUAAAUCAAUUAGAGUCUGAAUUAAAAAAUUGCCAAAAGACAAAUGAAGAAAAUGCUGAACUUGUUGAAUCGAUUCGAAGUCAUUUAGAUGAAUCAAAUAAAAGAUGUAAUCAGUUAACUCGAUAUUUAUUCGAUUCCCAGUCGUCACUUGAACAUAAACAAACUAUAAUUAAACAAUUAGAAGCUAAGUGUAAAGGAAUGACAAAUAUGAUUGAACAGAUGAACGAGAGAAUAGCUAAGCUUACUAAUGAAAAGGUUUCACAGGAACGAGAUUUAUAUAAACUACGCGAAGAGUUGUCAAACGCAGACACAAAAUCUGUUGAGCAGUUAAAAGUGAUUGAAAAUCAAGCUAGUCAGAUCGAAAGAUUAAAAACUGAAUUGAAUGAGCAAACAAUCGAGUUGAAUAAUUCAAAGAUGGCUUCUGACCAGCUAGUUUUGUGUAAAUUAAUUUUGAUGGCUUCUAAUCUAUCAAUGUUUUUCAAAUGAGAGAUCUGUAUGUAAUGACAAUGAAUUAUCAAUAUCAGUCUCAAAAAUUCAUCCUUUAUCAGUGGUCUUCCCAAAAGCUUUAUGGAAGUUGAGGAGUUAGACAAACAACUUAAAGUCUGGCGUAAACGGUGUGAAGAACAGGAGUAUAGUUUAUCCGAAAUGGCUGCGGUUGUGAAUUCGAGUAAGCUUGAAGCUGAAAGUUUGCGUGAGUCACAUAGUGCAUUCAGUGAUGCUCAAUGGGCAAAUGAUUCUGAAAAUCCAAACUGUUUUCUUUGUCAGAGUCCGUUCAAUGUUAGUCGUCGUCGGCACCACUGUCGAAAUUGUGGCCUGAUAUUUUGUCACGAAUGUUCAUCCAGAAAAAUGGCUUUACCAAGUUCUGCCAAACCUGUACGAGUCUGUGAUACAUGCCAUGGAUUACUUUUACAUCGCUAUAAUGCUAAAUAAACCAUAAUAAAUGGUUUUUUUUUGCAACAGUCGUAACAAUACACUUUUCGGAUAAAUAAUUGAAAAACAUACUUUUUCAGGUCUGAGCAUAAUAAGCUAAUGUGAUACAUUAAACUAAUGACAUUUAUGUUCAUUAUGUUCUGUCGCAUUUUCGUUUCUGGUUCCAUCAUCAAUAUUUCUUGUAACACAUUUAUUUCUUGAUUUUUAAAUGUAAUUUCACUAAUGUAUGUAUUGUCGUAUAGCUCACUUCUAUGAAUUUUUUAAUUCUUUCAAAUAGAUGAAAUCGUAGUUAUA